UCAAUAUAGCACAAUGGCAGCCAAGUUUAUAGUACUUCUAUGCGCGGUGGCUAGCGCUCGCGCUGGCGGUCUCCUGGGUGCAUCAUACGCCGCGCCGCUCACAUACGCCGCUCCUGCGGCCCCGUACGCAUACGCAUCAGCCCCUGUCUACAAAAGUUACGCCGCUCCAGCGCUCUCCGCAUACGCGGCUCCGUCUUUAGCCUACUCGGCUCCAGUCGCCUACUCCGCCCCAGUCGUCAAGGCCGUCGGCCCUGCAGUGUCCUCCGUGUCUUCGUACUCCACUCAGACCGCCCACGCUGCUCCCCUCUACGCUAAGGCCGUAGCUCCAGUUGCGACAUACGCCGCCGCUCCCGUAGCGACAGUAGCCCACGCUCCCUUGGGAUACGCGAGCUACGCCGCGCCCGCUCCCAUCGCGAGCUACGCCGCAUCCGCGCCUCUAACAACCUACGCCGCGCACGCUCCCGUAGCGGCGUACGCGCACUCUCCCGUAGCAACCUACGCCGCCGCUCCCGUCCUGAAGUCCGCAUUGACCUACUCUGCGGCCCCUGCCGUCUCUCACGUGUCAUACGCGGCCGCUCCCGCUGUCGCCACUUACGCCGCCCCCGCCUACCAUUCAUACGCAGCCGCCCCCGCCUACCACUCGUACGCCGCCGCUCCCGUCGUCGCCAAGGCUGUAGCCCCAGCAGUGUCCUACCAGUCAAUCUCCACUCACUCUUCUCCUGUGGCUUAUGCCGCAGCCCCAGUGGUCGCCAAGACCUACGCCGCUCCCGCCGUGACCUACGCGGCAGCCGCCCCCGUCUACGCUAAGACCCUCGCCGCUCCCGCCGUUACCUAUGCCGCCGCUCCUGUUGUCACCAAGGCAGUAGCUCCCGCUGUCUCCUACCAGACCAUCUCCACCCACUCCGCCCCUGUGGCUUACGCCGCAGCUGCCCCGGUAGUGGCUAAGACUUACGCCGCGCCCGCCAUCUCUACCUACCACACCGCUCCUGCCGUCUCCACAUACCACGGCGCUCCUGCUGUAGCCGCCUACCAUGCUGCUCCCGCAGUCGCGUACUCUUCCUACUCCGCUCCCGUUGUGACCAAGACCAUCGCCCCGGCCGUGAGCUACGCUGCCGCCCCCGCUGUGGCAUACUCUGCCGGUCCAGUCCUUAAGUCUGCAGUCCAUUACUCUGCUGCUCCCGCAGUUUCUCAUGUAUCUUACUCCAGCUUGGGCGCAAGCUACGGCUGGUAA